AUGUCUGGUGACCCAUACGACCAACCCGGAAGCAACUUUUCCUUUGUGAUUCUCUCGCCGCAAGAUAUCUCCGAAUGGAUCGCAAGCUACGAUGUGUCUAUUUCCGUAGAGGAACUUGCCAAGCCAACACCGCAGACGGUAGAAAUGGUGUAUACGGUGUUGAUCGAGCUGUACAAGAAUAUUUCGACCGAGGAUCAGGAAAAUACGAAGCUGAGGAUGCUGGAGCACCAGGAGAACCAGGAGCUAUACGGCGAUAUAUUCUACUUCCACAUCCUAUACCACCACCUUACCCGAAUGGCGGAAAUAGCCAACGUAUCGCUCACUUUCCAAGACCUCACCCGCCCCGAACCGCGCCGCACAAUCCGCAUCAUCUCUGGCCUGAUCAACCUCGUCAAUGAACAGAGUUUUGAAAGACGGGAGCGGGCGAAAUGGGAAAGGGCUCAGGCCGAGGGUCGGUUGAAGAGUACAAGUGAGUUGGAGGUUGCGUAUUUUCUUCUGGCUUUGUCGCCUGUUGAUCAAGGUGGAUGUGUUGGUAGGGAUGAGAGGGCCAGUGAGCAGCCCGAGGUGGACCAGCUGAGGGAUAGGAUACUGGAGGUCAAGAAUGAGCUUCCUGGGUUGCAGAAGGGGUACCAGAAAGCAAAUGAAGCUAGGACUGCAUUGAAGAAGGAACAGCUUGCGUUGGUUCAGCGGGUGCAAAAACUAAACGAAAUGAUUAUUGCCAAAUCCGAACGCAACGAUGAAUUGCGCGCGAGACUGGUCGACGACCCCGAGUUGUUCCAAAAGAAUAUCCGGGAAGCGACCGAGUCGCUGAACAAUAUUCGUCAGUUGGUCGCGACGGAGGAAGCCAAGUCGAGGGACCUAAAGACGAGAUUGGAUUGGCUGGGAAGUGUCGAGACUGACGUGGCGCUUGCUACCGAGGUUAGCAAGACCGUUGUAGCCGAACGGGCCAGGUGGACAGAAGCGGACAAGGCGCUGCGAGAGAUCGAGUUGGAUUUGAACAAGCGGCAUCUUUCUCGUCAACUGGAGCAUACAACGGAGAAAUACACUCGUGCCCAGCGACAUGGUGAAGAAUCGCGGGUCCAGGCCGAGGCGACGGCCCAACAACUUCGAGAGGCCUAUGACCAGGGACUGAAAGAACGAAGCGCGACGAGCGAAAAGGCAGAGGAAGUAAGGAGAAUGGUUGCAGAGGUCGAAGCGCAGAUUAUCGGAUACGUUGCCGAAGAAGAAAGACUAUUGAACGAAAUGAUCACCACGUACUCGACAUUCCGUGACCGAACCGAACAUUAUAUUGAUAACCUGACGAAACGACUGAGUCUGAGAACUGCUGGACAGCAGGCUUCCUAA